AUGCCUGACAAUGUUGAUAAUGACAAAAAUGAUAACGUUGAUGAUGAAUUUCCUAAGGAAAACGAUACUAGUGAUGAUGAAUUUCCUAAGGAAAACGAUACUAGUGAAGAUGUUGAUGAUAAAUCUGUUAAAGAAAAUGAUACUAAUGAAGAUGUAGAUGGUUUAGUUCAUAAUAGGUCCAUUCCCUUCAACAUCUGUGAUCCAAGAACUUGGGAUAAUCUUGAUAUAAAAGAUAGAGAUUUGCUAGUGGUAAAUGGUCCUACAAGAGACCUGUCACUGGAAAGGGAUCCAAAAGAUAAUUUAUCUAGAUGUUUCUUCGCAAGCCAUUACACUCUGUAUUUAUCAAAUGGUCAGAAACGUGAUAGGCCAUGGUUGGUGUAUUCAAAUGAUCUUGAUAGAAUUUUUUGUUUUUGUUCUAAAAAUUGUUUGGCUUUUCAUGGAACUAAUGAAAGACCUCUUGAGGAUAGUAACGGAAAUUUCUUAGGACUAAUUGAAAUGAUUGUAAAGUGGGAUCCUAUCAUGAAGGAACAUAUGCAGCGUAUUGAAAGUAAUGAAAUUCAAUAUCAUUAUCUUUCACAUAAAGUUCAAAAUGAGUUGGUAGCUUCUUUGGCUUUUAAAAUCAAAAGAACAAUUAUUAAGAAAAUCAAAGAAGCAAAAUACUUUUCUGUGACAUUUGAUUGUACUCCGGAUGAAAGUCACCAAGAACAAAUGUUCUUGAUCUUAAGAUGUGCAGACUUGUCUGGUAAUCCAAUCAAAAUACAUGAAUAUUUUGUUGAAUUUUUAAAAGUGGACAAUACAAUAGGUCAAGGACUUUUUGUAGAAUUACAAAAUACUCUAAUAACUUUUAAUCUUGACAUUAAUGAUGUAAGAGGAUAA